AGCCCAGGACAAUCUAUACUGCACAAUUUAUAUUUACACUACAUUGGUUACAGUUUUAGGGGUUUCUCUGUCCCAGUCUCUGUUCUGGACCCCUCUGGUCCUAUACAGGCUGAGCUCCAAGAAGGACUGUGUGAAGCUAAUGGAGUCCAAGUCCAGGUCCUCCCUCUCCAUCCAUCCCAGAGAAAGCCUAAUCCCGUUAGCUGUGCUUUCUCAUGGAUAAUCCCUCCACUUCCCACCUGGCCGUCCUUCAGCCUCAGCCUCUCUCUGGGAUGACCGUCUUCUGCUGAACACUACAGCAUGUUUAGCUGGGUGAUAAAGGUUGUUCCCCAGCCUCCAGCAUCUCCUGGGAAGCUGGCAGGGGAGGACCAGACCAAUGCUUCCACUGCAGCACCUGCGACUGAUGUGACGAAAAAAGAGGAAGUAAAACAAGAAACUUCCAAGCCAACAGAAGAGGUCUCAGAGGAAAACAGCUCUCAGAGUGGAGUUUUGAGUUGGCUCUCUCAUGGGUUCAGCAGUGCUCUCCCUCAGCCAGUAAACUCCUCUAAACUGGCCAACAGUGAAGUUAAGCAUGAGGGAAAUGCAGUGACCAGCAGGGCUGGAAUGAUAGGCUGGAUUGUGCAGGAACUGGGAAAAGUGGUUCCACAGCCAGAUGAGAAAUACAAGGGUCACACAGAGACGGAGGAGGUCACUGAGGUGCAAGAGGUCAAAAACGUUCGUGAUGCUGAGCCACUGCCUCAUAUUCCUGUGGUGGAGGUUGUGCCUGAUGAGGAACCAGACGCUGCUAAUGUGCCUUUCUCUCCCAGGGUAAUAGAAUGGAUUAAGCAUGGUUUUGAGAAAGUAGUUCCUCAGUCUCCUGUCCAUCUUCGUCCUCCCGCUAGCACCGAUGCACCCGCCCAGAAGGUUGCUUCUGCACCUGUGACUCCCUGCAAACAAGAGCCAGCACCUGCACCUGCACCUGCACCAACACCUGCACCUCCACCUGUGCCUGCACCUGCACCUGCACCAGCACCAACACCUGCACCUGCACCUGCAGCCCCACCUGCACCUGCACCUGCAGCUCCUGAGCAACCUAAAGUAGCUGAGGAUUCCAAAGGCACGAAUAUGGUUGACUGGAUAGUACAGGGGCUCGGACGCAUCAUACCACAACCAGUACAGAAACCAAAAGAGGACAGCUCUGAUAUCGUUCAAAACGUCUUCAUCCUGCAGGACAUGUGUGAUAUGGUGCUGCAGGAGGUGGACUCAGACUGGGAGGCCCAGCAGAGAGAUCAGGGCUCGGGGCAGGAGAGCUCAACCCUGCUGCAGGUGCUGCCCAACAUCCUGCCGCACGUGCUGGCCAUGCAGGAGCAGGAGGAUGCAGACACCCAGACUGAGCGCAGGACGCCUCUCACUGAGAGCAUCAAGAAGGAAGCGGAGGAGACCGCAAUAACAAACAUAGAGGAGAGACUGCAGCUGGAUGAAGAGCACAACACACAGAUCUUCAUCGACAUGCAAACUGAAGAGCCAGACAAUGAGGAGCAGAGGAAGACAAUGAAGAAGAUCCAGACUGAAGUGCUGUUUGUCUUCUCCGGCUCGCCAUACAGGUUACAGCCACUCGGUGAAGAGAGUGAGGAGGAGAGUGAGGAUAGUAAGAACACAGAACUAGACUUCUGCUCAAACCCCUUUUUCAGGAGCCUGGUGGAUGUCUGCCCAACAGAGCCCUCACUACACGAGUCUGAGGUCUCAGAUCAGGCACCACAAACACAAAGUCCUCCAGCUCCGCCUGUGACCAGUCAGCCUCAACAAGCAUCUUUACCUCACGAUGCUGACCAGGAAGAGGAACCUCCUGAAGAAGGAUGUGGAGAAAGCAGCCAUGUGAAGCCAGCACUGAAGGUAGAGGAAGUGAAUGAUGGAGAGAUGAGAUUUCCCAAAAUCACUGUGCCCUCAAAGUUAGACUCGAUGACUCUCACUGUUCCCGUAACAAAUCUGACGCCCCGCAGCAAAGCUGUGGAUUCAGAAAGAAUGCAGGAGGAGAUGGCUCCUAGUGAGGAAGAUGAAGACAUGAACAAGUCUGAUCUACUUACUGUGAGCCUCGAGCAUCCAGCGUCUACAUCCAGCCAGACAAGUAUUGUUGUGAAUGAGCGUCUGCAGGAGCUGGUCAAGCUGUUUAAAGAGUGAACAGACCGUGCAAGAGAGAGAAUGGUGCAUCCAGAUGAUUCUGAUGAUGAAAGCCCUCCAGCAUCUCCGGCAAAAAAGCCUGGUGAAGCCCCAUCUCCACCACUUCCUCCAGAGGAAACGAAAGACGCUGAAGAGGAGGUUAAAGUCUACAAGUUUAUGGGAUACAAGUUCCCAGUCCCUCAGUUCAAAAUGCCCCAGAUUCCUGCUUGGCUGAGAGUCAUACUGGAGUACCCUUUCCCAUCCAGCAUUGAUCCCUACACAGAAUUGUAUUACCAGAUGCCUGAGAACAUUUACUGGUGGCUGCUGAUGGACUACUUCUGUGAUGGCAUUUAUAUUCUCGACAUCUUUGUUAUGCAGCCCAGACUGCAGUUUGUGAGAGGAGGGGACAUUGUGAUGGAUGUGAUCAGUCUCUUUCCACUGGAUUUGCUGUAUGUCUUCACAGGCGUCAAAUCGCUCUUGUGGUUUCUUCGCCUUCUAAAGUACAAUGCAUUCUUUGAGUUUAAUGAUCGUCUGGAAGCCGUAAUGAGCAAAGCCUACAUUUACAGGGUGGUCCAGACGAAUGCAUACCUGCUGUACUCUCUGCACUGUAAUGCCUGUAUUUUCUAUUGGGGUUCUGACUAUGAAGGACUGGGUUCUACCAAAUGGGUCUAUAUUGGCAAAGGAAAUAGUUAUAUUCGCUGCUACUACUUCGCUGUGAAAACUCUGAUCACCAUCCGAGGUUUGCCUGAACCCACCAAUGUCAACUACUUUGUGGGAGUCUUUGCUUUCUCCAUCAUGAUUGGUCAGAUGAGAGAUGGAUUUGGAGCUGCUACUGCAGGUGAGGCCUAUUACAGACACUGUGUGGACAGCACUGUCAAAUACAUGAGCUCCUACAGGAUCCCCCGCGAGGUCCAGAACCACGUCAAGAUCUGGUACGACUACACCUGGAAGUUGCAAGGCAUGCUGGAUGAGUAACUGAUACAGUUGCCAGAUAAGAUGCGUCUGGACAUCGCUGCAGAUGUCAACUACAGCAUUGUCAGUAAAGUUGCGCUCUUUCAGGGCUGUGACAGACAGAUGAUAUUUGACAUGCUCAGGAGGCUGAAAUCUGUGGUGUACCUUCCUGGAGACUUUGUUUGUAAAAAGGGCUCUGCCGGUCAGGGUGAGAUGUACAUCAUCAAAGCUGGAGAGGUGCAGGUGGUUGGAGGGCCUGAUGGGACGACGGUGUUUGUGACUCUGAGAGCUGGCUCUGUGUUUGGGGAAAUCAGUUUGCUGGCGGGUGGUGGCGGGAACUGACGGACGGCUAAUGUAAAGGCCCAUGGUGCUAAACUCUUCAUCCUGGAUAAGAAGGACCUGGCAGAGAUCUUAGUGCACUACCCCGAGUCCCAGAAGCUACUGCGCAAGAAGGCCAAAAAAAUGUUGACCAAAGAUAAGAAGCCUGCAGAUGAGAAGGGGCAGGCUAAAGAGACGGGUGAGGUCACCCCGCAGCGGCCAGAGACACCCAAAUUAUACAAGGCUGCACUGGAGGUUGGCACAGGAGAGACUUUUGCCAAGCUGAAGGAGGCAUAUAAGGGAGCAACUCUAGAGCCAUACACUCCUGUCUCCAGCAGGACCUCGACAGCUCCAGUGCCCCCUCCCUCCCCCAUGCACCGCCGUUCACCCAUUCCCCGGCCUCGCAUCGUGGAUGAAGAUGACAUGGUAUCAGAGACCACCGACAGCACCAUGAUCAUCCGCAUGACUCCCCGCGUUGAGGGAGAGGAGAUCCUCUCCGUGGAAGUCAGUCCCGGAGAGGGAGUGGAGGAAGAAGAGCCGAGCAAAUCUGAAGACUAGUGAGAGAAAGAAAGGAUGAGGGCAAGGACAAAAACCAGAGUAGGUAUAGGGUAGAUAGCCUGAAGAAAAGCCCAAUGCAUACAACUCUCGUCAUGUUUUCUGUUUUAGCAUGUUGGUGAAAGUCCUAAACAUGCU